GUGAAUCUGGCUCCUCGCAGCUCUACCUCUACUGGGCCGGAUUGAACCUUACAGCGACAGUCUUUGAAUAGCCACAGGGAAUGGAAUUUGCAAAGGAGGUUGAGAGCAAAAUGUAUCGACGUUAUUUGUAAGGCUCCAUUCCCCGCGUGGAGCGGUCGAAAGCACGAAUGUGGACCUGUAUGCAUGGCUGGACUUCUCUGCAGAAGGACAGAGGAGUCUUUCCGAUUGCCAUUAGUUUCCUCACCGGCACAAUUAUGAUGAUCGCUGGCAGAAAGACUUUGAGAAGAAGCGAGUCCUAUUUCGCGAUGACCCGUGGGAUAUCCAUAUGGUUGCUAGAAAAAUUCGAUCGCAUCUGUGUACGGCAAACAUAUUUGGUGCGACGCUGUUUAUCGGAUGUAAUAGAAAAAGGGGUAGAAGAGGUAUCCGUAAAAAAAUAAAGGACAGUCUCAUCAUACCCCGAUAACCAUUUCACUAUGGGUCUGGAUGGAUAAUAAUGUUAUUUUUG